ACCAUACGGCGCUGCACAGAGGCAUUGUUCAAGCGGAGAAAGGGAUAACGCGCAAUUUUGCAGACAUCAGGACACGUCUAAAGAUUUUAAUGUGGGCUCAUUGUGAGUUGGGAUUAUAGCUUUCGAUUUUCUUUGGAAUUAUAACUUCUAGGAAAGACAAAAGAUGUUGCUAAAUAUAAAACAUAUAUUUUGGUUUAUCUGCAUAUGCCAAACAACAACUGGACCUGUCUCUAGCACAUUAAUGGUGAUGGGUCCUGUCAGUGGAUUGUUAUCUGGGAAAGUGACCCUUCCAUGUCACUUCUCCAACAUUCCCACUGUUGCACCUAGCAACAUAGGAAAAGAUUACCUGCGCAUCAAAUGGACCAAAAUUGAGGGGGAUGUGGAGUCAACUGUUCUUGUCGCCCAAAAUGGCGUUAUUAAGAUUGGUUCAGGAUACCGGACUCGUGUUUCUGUGCCCAGUCACCCAGAAGACGUCGGGGAUGCUUCUUUAACAAUGGUAAAACUUCGGGCCAGUGAUGCUGGAACUUACCGCUGUGAAGUGAUGUUUGGAAUUGAGGACACACAAGAUACAGUCAGUUUAGAUGUUGAUGGCGUAGUGUUUCACUACAGGUCUCAUAUAAGCAGAUACAGUCUGAACUAUGCAGAAGCUGUGCAGACCUGUAAGGAUAUUGGAGCCACCAUCGCAACAGCAGAACAACUGAAAGCAGCUAAUGAGGAUGGUUUUGACCAAUGCGAUGCUGGGUGGUUAGCAGAUCAAACAGUGAGAUAUCCAAUCACUAAUCCAAGGCCUGGCUGCUUUGGGAAUUUGCUUCAAAAACCGGGUGUCAGAUCAUAUGGUCCACGUGACCCCACUGAAACUUUUGAUGUGUACUGCUAUGUGGACAAGCUUGAGGGAAAUGUUUUCUUUGCCCCCACGAUGCGUAAGAUGACUUUUAUUGAGGCUAAGGCUGAGUGUGAAAGCAGGAAUGCCAUGCUGGCCUCUCCGGGUCAACUUCACGCCGCCUGGAGACAGGGUCUGGACCGAUGCGAUUAUGGGUGGCUCUCCGAUGGCAGUGCCCGUCACCCAGUCUCUGUACCCAAACUUAAGUGUGGUGGUGGUCUACUGGGUAUACGGACCAUGUAUCGCCACCGAAACCAAACAGGCUUCCCAGAUCCCAGUUUGAAGUUAGGAGCAUACUGUUUCAAAGGUUUUAAGUUUUUAUUCAACCAGUCCUCUUGGGUGGAUGUCACGGUCAUUAAUGCUACCACUGUGGAGCCCACCCUCACUACAGAGACCACAGUCCAGACGGAUGUUUCUGAUGGUCAGGCCCCAACAGAUGCCCCUUAUAUGUUUUCUACAAGCAUGGCACCACCAAAGACAAGCCCUGUUUCUAACAAUCUGGAAUCUUUCAAAACACCCACAGUCAGUGUCAAAUCAGAAGAAAGUUUCUCAUCAACACUUUCAGAUUUUGAUAUUAGUGAUUUUGAAACUCAGACGAUUGAUGAAAAAGUAAAAGAUGCAGUAAAAGAUGUUCGUGGAGAUGUAGUCCUCGAAGAACCUACAACUGCUGUCCCCGCUACCACAGAAUCCACUAUGGAUAAAAUGACAGAGACAACUUUUUUUGAGAGUGCUAAGUCUACUGUGUUCUCUGAGUAUGACGACAAUUUCAUUGAAGGCAAAGUUAUGGCAGUACCCUCACCUCAUCUGUUCACACAGACAUUCACCAGCCAAGAAACUGAACCUCCAGUGACCUCUAAUGGAUCUGAAGUUCCUGAGCGAACAGUGACAGGAACACCUUCGCUUCCUGAUCAUGCAACAUCACACGAGAAAGCGGCUUCAGACGCUUUAGAGACACCCAAGGAGACACUAACAGAGGCCAAGGACACCAUCACAGAGGCCAGACAUCUCAAAUCAGUUAGUCAAAGUCCGGUGACUUUUGAGUUUCAGUCAUCACAGCGCAUGGUCGAACCUGAGGUACCCGAGGAUGAUGACUUCAUUUCCCCUCUACCUAUCAGUAUGGCUCCAGAUCUGAGAUUCAUAAAUGGAAAUUAUGAGGUGACACUUCAGCCCAAAAAUGUAGUGUUAGAAGUUAGAGGAGAUACAUUUGGAAGAGAGUCCCAUGUUAAACACAACUUGACCCAUACCAAAGAAGGGGAAACAACUUUUGAAUUUGAUAGUUCAUUAGUAGAAGCUGGUAAAACACCUCAAGGAAUAUCAGUUUCAGGACUUUACAUGGUUUCUCCCUUGUUCACCACAACUCUUGAUCCAGAAAAUAAAUUUGGCCAAGGAUCAACAGUAGUAGACUCUACUCCAGUAUCCACUCCCUUGGCAAUCAGUGAGGAAGAGACUCUCAAAGUGAAAGGAACUCCAAGCAUUUCAUUCUCUACCGAAAAACACUUCUCUAUGAAAGAGACUUUGUUCACUUCUGCACAGACAGAACAUGUAGAUGAGAAAUUAUCUGCCAGCACUGUCCCAAGCACAGUUCCAUCAGAGAUGACAACAAAGACUGUGAUGUCACCAUCAAGUUAUGCAUCAGUUCAAUCAUCCACAGAAAUUGACAGUUCAGAGGAGACCUCUGAAAUAUUUAGUAAAAAAAUCACAACAACAAGUUCUUCAUUGUUGACUACAACCAAAUCAGACAAAGAACUCACAAAAUCAGAAUCUGAUGCAACAGUUUCAGUCUUGAUACCCAGCUCAAUAAGGGCUCAGACCCCAGACGAUCAGACAACUGAAACACAUACCAUACAGCCUUUUUCUACUCUAGACUCUACUCUCAAAGUGCAAACUGUUGAACUCUUGAGCACAGGAAGCACAGUCACAAGUCUAGAUGAAAUGUCUCCCAGUUCAUUUACAACAGGGACUGAGACAGAGGCAACAGAGCUAUCAGCAAAGCCAUCAGAGUCCACCAUUGUUGAUGUUUCAGAGACCCUGUUUUCCUCUGCACAGACAGAACAUUUAGAUGAGAAAUUAUCUGAAAGUGCAAUCACAAGCACAGUUACAUCAGAAAUGACAGCAAGAGAUAUGCUAUCAUCAUCAAGUUUUACAUCAGUUCUAUUCUCUACAGAAAUUGAUGGUCCGGGAGAUGCGACGUCUGAGAUGCUUAGUAAAGGGUUCACAACAACAAGUUCUUCAUUGUUCACCACAACCAAAUUAGAUCAAGACUUCACAAAAACAACAUCCAAUGCAACAGGUUCGGUAUCAAUGCCUAGCUCAACAAGUGCCCAGACUGCAGACUAUCAGACAAUUGAAACACAUACCUGGCAGCCUGUGUCCACACAAGAAUCUACUCUAACAGCAAGUACCUCUAAGCCAUUGAUCACAGGAAGCACAGUCACAAGUCAAGAUGAUAAAAUAUCUCACAGCUCAGUUACCACAGGCUCUCUGGCAGAAACAACAGAGUUAUUAGCAAAGCCAUCAGAGUCCACCAUUGCUGAUGUUUCAGACAAUCUGUUCUCUUCUGCACAUACAGCAGAUUUAAAUAACAAAUCAUCUGAAAGUGCUGUCACAACCACAUAUACAUCAGAGAUGAUGACAAAAACAUAUGUUUUAUUACCAUCAAGUUUUGCAUCAGCUUUAUCAUCCACAGAAAUGGACGGUUCAGGAGAUGCGACGACUGACAUGCUUAGCAAAGGGUUCACGACAACAGAUUCUUUAUUGUUCACCACAACCAGAUCAGACCAAAAACUCACAGAAACAGCAUCGGACGCAAAAGAUUUAGUCUCAAUGCUUAGCUCAACAGACAAUCAGACAACUGAAACAUAUACCAGACAGCCUGUGUCAACACUAGACUCUACUCUAACAGCAAGUACCCCUGAGUCAAUGAGCACAGGAAGCACAGUCACAAGUCAAGAUUAUAAAAUUUCUCACAGCUCAGUUACCACAGGCUCUCUGAUAGAAGCAACAGAGUUAUCAGCAAAGCCAUCAGAGGGCACCAUUGUUGAUGUUUCAGAGACUCUGUUCGCCUCUGCACAGACAGAACAAUUAGAUGAUAAAUUAUCUAAAAGCACUGUCACAAGCACAGUUGCAUCAGAGGCAACAUCAAAAGAUAUGCUAUCAUCAUCAAGUUUUAAAUCAGUUCUAUUCUCUACAGAAAUGGAUGGUUCAGGAGAUGAGACAUCUGAGAUUCUUAGUAAAGGGUUCACAACAACAAGUUCUUUAUUGUUCACCACAACAAAAUCAGACAAAGAACUCACAGAUGCAGCAUCCGGUGCAACAGGUUCAGUAUCAAUGCCUAGCUCAACAAGUGCCCAGACUGCAGACGAUCAGACAACUGAAACACAUACCAGGCAGCCUGUGUCCACACUAGACUCUACUCAAACAGCAAGUACCUCUGAGUCAGUAAGGACAGGAAGCACAGUCACAAGUCAAGAUGAUAAAAUAUCUCACAGUUCAAUUACCACAAGUACUGUCACAGAGGCAACAGAGCUUUCAGCAAAGCCAUCAGAGUCCACCAUUGUUGAUGUUUCAGAGACUCUGUUUUCCUCAGCAAUUACAGAACAAUUAGAUGAUACAAUAUCUAAAAUUACUGUCACAAGCACAGUUGCAUCAGAGACAACAUCAGAAGAUUUGCUAUCAUCAUCAAGUUUUACAUCAGUUCGAUUCUCUACAGAAAUUGAUGGUUCAGGAGAUGUGACAUCUGAUAUGCUUAGUAAAGGGUUCACAACAACAAGUUCUUCAUUGUUCACCACAACCAAAUCAGAAAAAGAACUCACAGAUGCAGCAUCCGAUGCACAAGGUUCAGUAUCAAUGCCUAGCUCAACAAGUGCCCAGACUGCAGACGAUCAGACAACUGAAACACAUACAAGGCCACCUGUGUCCACACUAGACUCUACUCUUACAGCAAGUACAUCUGAGUCAGUAAGGACAGAAAGCACAGUCACAAGUCAAGAUGAUAAAAUAUCUCACAGUUCAAUUACCACAAGUACUGUCACAGAGGCAACAGAGCUUUCAGCAAAGCCAUCAGAGUCCACCAUUGUUGAUGUUUCAGAGACUCUGUUCUCCUCAGCACAUACAGAACAAUUAGAUGAUACAAUAUCUAAAAUCACUGUCACAAGCACAGUUGCAUCAGAGACAACAUCAAAAGAUAUGCUUUCAUCAUCAAGUUUUACAUCAGUUCGAUUAUCUACAGAAAUUGAUGGUUCAGGAGAUGAGACAUCUGAGAUUCUUAGUAAAGGGUUCACAACAACAAGUUCUUUAUUGUUCACCACAACAAAAUCAGACAAAGAACUCACAGAUGCAGCAUCCGGUGCAACAGGUUCAGUAUCAAUGCCUAGCUCAACAAGUGCCCAGACUGCAGACGAUCAGACAACUGAAACACAUACCAGGCAGCCUGUGUCCACACUAGACUCUACUCAAACAGCAAGUACCUCUGAGUCAGUAAGGACAGGAAGCACAGUCACAAGUCAAGAUGAUAAAAUAUCUCACAGCUCACUUUCCACAGGCUCUUUGACUGAAGUAACAGAGUUAUCAGCAAAGCCAUCAGAGUCCACCAUUGUUGAUGUUUCAGAGACUCUGUUCUCCUCUGCACAGACAGACGAUAUAGAUAAGAAAUCAACUAAAAGCACUGUCACAAGCACAGUUUCAUCAGAGACAACAUCAAAUGAUAUUCUAUCAUCAUCAAGUUUUGCAUCAGCUUUAUCAUCCACAGAAAUGGACGGUUCAGGAGAUGCGACAUCUGAGAUGCUUAGCAAAGGCUUCACAACAACAGAUUCUUUAUUGUUCACCACAACCAAAUCAGACCAAGAACUCACAGAAACAACAUCUGAUGCAACAGGUACAGUCUCAAUUCAAAGCUCAACAGGUGCUGAGACAACAUACGAUCAGACAACUGAGACACAUACCAGGCAGCCUGUGUCAACACAAGACUCUACUCUAACAGCAGGUACCUCUAAGCCAUUGAGCACAGGACGCACAGUCACAAGUCAAUAUGAUGAAUUAUCUCACAGCUCAGUUACCACAGGCUCUCUGACUAAAGCAACAGAGUUAUCAGCAAAGCCAUCAGAGUCCACCAUUUCUGAUGUUUCACAGACUCUGUUCUCCUCUGCACAGACAGAACAUUUUGAGGAGAAAUUAUCUGAAAGCAAAUCAGAGACAACAUCACAAGACAUGCUAUCAUCAUCAUCAAGUUUUACAUCAAUUCUAAUUUCAACAGAAAUUGACGGUUCAGGAGAUGCACCCUCUGAGAUGCUUAGUAAAGGAUUCACGACAACAAGUUCUUCAUUGUUCACCACAACCAAAUCAGACCAAGAACCCACAGAAUCAGGAUCAGAUGCAAAAGGUUCAGUAUCAAUGCCUAGCUCAACAAGUGCCCAGACUGCAGACGAUCAGAUAUCUGAAACACAUACCAGGCAGCCUGUGUCCACACUAGACUCAACUCUAACAGCAAGUACUUCUGAGUCAAUAAGCAAAGGAAGCACAGUCACAAAUCAAUACGAUGAAAUUUCUCACAGCUCAGUUACCACAGGCUCUCUGACAGAAGCAACAGAGUUAUCAGCAAAGCCAUCAGAGUCCACAAUUGCUGAUGUUUUAGAGACUUUGUUCUCCUCUGCACAAACAGAAGAUUUAGAUAGGAAAUCAUCUGAACGUGCUGUCACAAGGACAGAUACAUUAGAGAUGAUGACAAAAACAGAUGUUUUAUUACCAUCAAGUUUUGCAUCAGCUUUAUCAUCCACAGAAAUGGACAGUUCAGGAGAUGGGACGACUGAGAUGCUUAGCAAAGGGUUCACGACAACAGAUUAUUUAUUGUUCACCACAACCAGAUCAGACCAAAAACUCACAGAAACAGCAUCGGAUGCAAAAGAUUUAGUCUCAAUUCUUAGCUCAACAGACAAUCAGACAACUGAAACAUAUACCAGACAGCCUGUGUCAACACUAGACUCUACUCUAACAUUGUUUACCAAAACCAAAUCAGACAAAGAACUCACAGAUGCAGCAUCAGAAGCAACAGGUUCAGUAUCAAUGCCUAGCUCAACAAGUGCCCAGACUGCAGAUGAUCAGACAACUGAAACACAUACCAGGCAGCCUGUGUCCACACUAGACUCUACUCUAACAGCAAGUACCUCUGAGUCAGUAAGGACAGGAAGCACAGUCACAAGUCAAGAUGAUAAAAUAUCUCACAGUUCAAUUACCACAAGUACUGUCACAGAGGCAACAGAGCUUUCAGUCAAGCCAUCAGAGUCCACCAUUGUUGAUGUUUCAGAGACUCUGUUCUCCUCAGCACAUACAGAACAAUUAGAUGAUACAAUAUCUAAAAACACUGUCACAAGCACAGUUGCAUCAGAGGCAACAUCAAAAGAUAUGCCAUCAAUAUCAAGUUUUACAUCAGUUCUAUUAUCUACAGAAAUUGAUGGUUCAGGAGAUGUGACAUCUGAGAUGCUUAGUAAAGGGUUCACAACAACAAGUUCUUCAUUGUUUACCACAACCAAAUCAGACAAAGAACUCACAGAUGCAGCAUCCGAAGCAACAGGUUCAGUAUCAAUGCCUAGCUCAACAAGUGCCCAGACUGCAGAUGGUCAGACAACUGAAACACAUACCAGGCCGCCUGUGUCCACACUAGACUCUACUCUAACAGCAAGUACCUCUGAGUCAAUAAGCACAGAAAGCACAGUCACAAGUCAAGAUGAUAAAAUAUCUCACAGCUCACUUUCCACAGGCUCUUUGACUGAAGUAAAAGAGUUAUCAGCAAAGCCAUCAGAGUCCACCAUUGUUGAUGUUUCAGAGAUCCUGUUCUCCUCUGCACAGACAGAAGAUAUAGAUAAGAAAUCACCUAAAAGCACUGUCACAAGUACAGUUGCAUCAGAGACAACAUCAAAUGAUAUGCUAUCAUCAUCAAGUUUUGCAUCAGCUUUAUCAUCCACAGAAAUGGACGGUUCAGGAGAUGCGACGUCUGAGAUGCUUAGCAAAGGCUUCACAACAACAGAUUCUUUAUUGUUCACCACAACCAGAUCAGACCAAGAACUCACAGAAACAACAUCUGAUGCAACAAGUACAGUGUCAAUUCAAAGCUCAACAGGUGCUGAGACAACAGACGAUCAGACAAAUGAAAUACAUACCAGGCAGCCUGUGUCCACACAAGGCUCUACUCUAACAGCAGGUACCUCUAAGCCAUUGAGCACAGGAAGCACAGUCACAAGUCAAUAUGAUGAAAUAUCGCACAGCUCAAUUACCACAGGCUCUCUGACUGAAGCAACAGAGUUAUCAGCAAAGCCAUCAGAGUCCAUCAUUGUUGAUGUUUCAGAGACUCUGUUCUCUUCUGCACAGACAGAACAAUUAGAUAAUACUUCAUCUAAAAUCACUGCCACAAACACAGUUACAUCAGAGACAACAUCAAAAGAUAUGCCUUCAUCAUCAAGUUUUACAUCAGUUCGAUUCUCUACAGAAAUUGAUGGUUCAGGAGAUGCAACAUCUGAGAUGCUUAGUAAAGAGUUCACAACAACAAGUUCUUCAUUGUUCACCACAACCAAAUCAGACAAAGAACUCACAGAUGCAGCACCCGAUGCAACAGGUUCAGUAUCAAUGCCUAGCUCAGCAAGUGCCCAGACUGCAGACUAUCAGACAACUGAAACACAUACCAGGCAGCCUGUGUCCACACUAGACUCUACUCUAACAGCAAGUACCUCUGAGUCAAAAAGCAUAGAAAGCACAGUCACAAGUCAAGAUGAUAAAAUAUCUCACAGCUCAUUUUCCACAAGCUCUUUAACUGAAGCAGCAGAGUUAUCAGCAAAGCCAUCAGAAUCCACCAUUGUUGAUGUUUCAGAGACUCUGUUCUUCUCUGCACAGACAGAAGAUAUAGAUAAGAAAUCAUCUGAAAGCGCUGUCACAAGCACAGUUGCAUCAGAGCCAACAACAGAAGAUAUGCUAUCAUCAUCAAGUUUUGCAUCAGCUUUAUCAUUCACAGAAAUGGAUGGUUCAGGAUAUGCGACAUUUGAGAUGCUUAGCAAAGGGUUCACAACAACAGAUUCUUUAUUGUUCACCUCAACUAGAUCAGACCAAGAACUCGCAGAAACAACAUCCGAUACAACAGGUACAGUGUCAAUUCAAAGCUCAACAGGUGCUGAGACAACAGACGAUCAGACAACUGAAACACAUACCAGGCAGCCUGUGUCCAGAAAGGAUUCUACUCUAACAGCAGGUACUUCUAAGCCAUUGAGCACUGAAAGAACAGUCACAAGUCAAGAUGAUAAAAUAUUUCGCAGUUCAAUUACCACUGGCUCUCUGACAGAAGCAACAGAGUUUCCAGCAAAGCCAUCAGAGUCCACCAUUGUUGAUGUUUCAGAGACUCUGUUCUCCUCUGCACAGACAGAACAUUUAGAUGAUAAAUUAUAUAAAAGCACUGUCACAAGCACAGUUGCAUCAGAGACAACAACAAAAGAUAUGCUAUCAUCAUCGAGUUUUGCAUCAGCUUUAUCAUCCACAGAAAUUGAUGGUUCGGGAGAUGCGAUGUCUGAGAUGCUUAGUAAAGGGUUUACAACAACAAGUUCUUCAUUGUUUACCACAACCAGGUCAGACCAAGAACUCACAGAAACAAGAUCCGAUGCAACAGGUACAGUCUCAAUUCAAAGCUCAACAGGUGCUGAGACAAUGGACAAUCAGACAACUGAAACACAUACUAAACAGCCUGUGUCCACACUAGACUCUACUCUAACAGCACAUACCUCUGAGACAUUGAGCACAGGAAGCACAGUCACAGGUCAAGAUGAUGAAAUAUCUCACAGUUCAGUUACCACAGGCUCUCUGACUGAAGCAACAGAGUUAUCAGCAAAGCCAUCAGAGUCCACCAUUGUUGAUGUUUCAGAAACUAUGUUCUUCUCUGCACAGACAGAACAUAUAGAUGAUAAAUUAUCUGAAAGCACUGUCACAAGCACAGUUGCAUCAGAGCCAACAUCAAAAGAUAUGCUGUUAUCAUCAUCAAGUUUUACACCCGUUCUAUUCUCUACAGAAAUUGAGGGUUCGGGAGAUGCAACGUCUGAGAUGCUUAUUAAAGGGUUCACAACAACAAAUGCUUCAUUGUUGACCACAAUCAAAUCAGACAAAGAACUCACAGAUGCAACAUCCGAUACAACACGUUCAGUAUUAAUGCCUAGCUCAAUAAGUGAUCAGACAACUGAUGAUGAGACAACUGAAACACAUACAAGGCAGCCGGUUUCCACACAAGAUUCUACUCUAACAGCAAGUACCUCUGAGUCAAUGAGCACAGGAAGCACAGUCACAAGUCAAGAUGACAAAAUAUCUCACAGCUCACUUUCCACAGGCUCUUUGAGUGAAGUAACAGAGUUAUCAGCACAGCCAUCAGAGUCCACCAUUGUUGAUGUUUCAGAGACUCUGUUCUCCUCUGCACAGACAGAACAUUUAGAUGAUAAAUUAUCUAAAAGCACUGUCACAAGCACAGUUGCAUCAGAGACAACAUCAAAAGAUAUGCUGUUAUCAUCAUCAAGUUUUACAUCCGUUAUAUUCUCUACAGAAAUUGAUGGUUCGGGGGAUGUGACGUUUGAGAUGCUUAGUAAAGGGUUCACGACAACAAGUUCUUCAUUUUCUAGCACAACCAGGUCAGACCAAGAACUCACAGAAACAACAUCCGAUGCAACAGGUACAGUGACAAUUCAAAGCUCAACAGGUGCUGAGACAACAGAUAAUCAGACAACUGAAACACAUACCAGGCAGCCUGUGUCCAGAAAAGAUUCUACUCUAACAGCAGGUACUUCUAAGCUAUUGAGCACUGAAAGAACAGUCACAAGUCAAGAUGAUAAAAUAUUUUGCAGUUCAAUUACCACUGGCUCUCUGACAGAAGCAACAGAGUUUCCAGCAAAGCCAUCAGAGUCCACCAUUGUUGAUGUUUCAGAGACUCUGUUCUCCUCUGCACAGACAGAACAUUUAGAUGAUAAAUUAUAUAAAAGCACUGUCACAAGCACAGUUGCAUCAGAGACAACAACAAAAGAUAUGCUAUCAUCAUCAAAUUUUGCAUCAGCUUUAUCAUCCACAGAAAUUGAUGGUUCGGGAGAUGCGACGUCUGAGAUGCUUAGUAAAGGGUUUACAACAACAAGUUCUUCAUUGUUUACCACAACCAGGUCAGACCAAGAACUCACAGAAACAACAUCCGAUGCAACAGGUACAGUCUCAAUUCAAAGCUCAACAGGUGCUGAGACAAUGGACAAUCAGACAACUGAAACACAUACUAAACAGCCUGUGUCCACACUAGACUCUACUCUAACAGCACAUACCUCUGAGACAUUGAGCACAGGAAGCACAGUCACAGGUCAAGAUGAUGAAAUAUCUCACAGUUCAGUUACCAUAGGCUCUCUGACUGAAGCAACAGAGUUAUCAGCAAAGCCAUCAGAGUCCACCGUUGUUGAUGUUUCAGAAACUAUGUUCUUCUCUGCACAGACAGAACAUUUAGAUGAUAAAUUAUCUGAAAGCACUGUCACAAGCACAGUUGCAUCAGAGCCAACAUCAAAAGAUAUGCUGUUAUCAUCAUCAAGUUUUACAUCCGUUCUAUUCUCUAUAGAAAUUGAGGGUUCGGGAGAUGCAACGUCUGAGAUGCUAAGUAAAGGGUUCACGACAACAAGUUCUUCAUUGUUGACCGCAAUCAAAUCAGACAAAGAAUUCACAGAUGCAGCAUCUGAUGCAACACGUUCAGUAUUAAUGCCUAGCUCAAUAAGUGAUCAGACAACAGAUGAUGAGACAACGGAAACACAUACAAGGCAGCCCAUUUCCACACAAGACUCUACUCUAACAGCAAGUACAUCUGAGUCAAUGAGCACAGGAAGCACAGUCACAAGUCAAGAUGACAAAAUAUCUCACAGCUCACUUUCCACAGGCUCUUUGACUGAAGAAACAGAGUUAUCAGAAAAGCCAUCAGAGUCCACAAGUGUUGAUGUUUCAGAGAUCCUGUUCUCCUCUGCACAGACAGAAGAUAUAGAUAAGAAAUCACCUAAAAGCACUGUCACAAGCACAGUUGCAUCUGAGACAACAUCAAAAGAUAUGCUGUUAUCAUCAAGUUUUGCAUCAGCUUUAUCAUCCACAGAAAUGGACGGUUCAGGAGAUGCGACAUCUGAAAUGCUGAGCAAAGGAUUCACAACAACAGAUUCUUUAUUGUUCACCACAACCAAAUCAGACCAAGAACUCACAGAAACAACAUCCAAUGUAACAGGUACAGUCUCAAUUCAAAGAUCAACAGGUGCUGAGACUAUGGACAGUCAAACAACUGAAACACAUACUAAACGGCCUGUGUCCACACUAGAGUCUAUUUUAACAGCACAUACCUUUGAGCCAUUGAGCACAGGAAGCACAACAACAAGUUCUUCAUUGUUCACCACAACCAAAUCAGACAAACUCACAGAAGCAGCAUUUAAUGCAACAGCUUCAGUCUCAAUGCCUAGCUCAACAAGUGCCCAGACUGCAGGCGAGCAGACAACUGAAACACAUACAGAGCAGCCUGUUUCCACACAAGAUGCUACUCUAACAGCAAGUAUCUCUGAGUCAAUGAUCACAGGAAGCACAGUCACAAGUCAAGAUUAUAAAAUAUCUCACAGCUCAAUUACUACAAGUACUGUUACAGAGGCAACAGAACUUUUAGCAAAGCCAUCAGAGUCCACCAUUGCUGAUGUUUCAGAGACUCUGUUCUUCUCUGCACAGACAGAACAUUUAGAUGAUAAAUUAUCUGAAAGCACUGUCACAAGUACAGAUGCAUCAGAGAUGAUGACAAAAGAAGAUGUGCUAUCACCAUCAAGUUUUGUAUCAGUUAAAUCAUCCACAGAAAUUGAUGGUUCAGGAGAUGAGACUUCCGAUAUGUCCAGUAAAGUGUUCACAACAAGAAGUUCCUUAUUGGUCACAAUGUCCACAUCAGACCAAGAGAUCACAAAAUCAGCAUCUGAUAUAACAGAUACAGUCUCAAUACUUAGCUCAGCAAGUCCUGGAACCCUAGCCGAUCAGACAACAGAAUCACAUACAAAACACCAUAUUCCUACUCUAGACUCUAGUCUAGCAGAGCAAAUAUCAGAGAAGAUGGCAACAAGUGUAACAUCCAUUUUGUCAUCCUCAGAAACUGAUGGUUCAGAAGCAGUCACUCCCAGUCUAACAAUCAGUUUAUCUCAUUUAAGCACAAGCAAAGUGUUUAUGUCAUCUGACAAAACCACUUUUGUAGAUGCAGAGGAUGGCACAGCAGAUGUUGAGGGAUCAGGAGAUCAGUUUACACAGGUAUCCUCUGUCAUGCAUGUUUCAUCAUCAGCUAUCAAAGCUCAGUCUUCUUCUCCCACAGUUCCUUCAACUAGUACUGCCUUUAUAGUAAAAACUGACCUUGAUGCCACUCAACUAAAAGAUUUUGAUCAGGAUGACAGGUUAACAUUAUCAACUAAAACAUAUGAUAAUUAUACUGUGGCCACUGAUGAGGCUGAAAUCGUUGAAGCUAACCACACAAAAAUGCCAGAGCAACGCUCAUCCCAUUCAACAUUGUUCACUACUAAAGCGACACUGCUGUCCAGCACAGUAGUUCAGACAGCAGUGACAGCCCUCUUUAAUGAUGGAAUUACUGAAUUUACAGAAAGUGAAGUAAAUGUUGAUGGUGGCUCUGGUGAUGAAAUAUCAACAGAUGUUCUUGAGUCAAUUCCUUUUCAAGCUACACCAUCAGAAGAUACAGCAUCUUCAACCACAUUCACCCAAACUGAGAAAACUAUUUUACAUUCAUCUCAACCUGCAACACCUGCUCCAAUAUUGUCAAGCACAUCUAAAGCUUACUCAUUUUCAGACAGACAAAUUACCAUACAGCCAAUCACUGCAGAUAUUAACUUAGAGGGUUCAGCAUUUUUAACCACAGAUGAUGACCAAGAGAUUACGCCACCAGAUGAAUCUACUAGUAAGAUAUCAGAAACACCAACAACCAAAACAUAUGAAGAAUAUGUAAGAACUGAUGAGGCGGAAAUUGAUGAGACAAGUUUCUCCAGCGUUGAAUCUGUCACUGGUACUACAGAAAGUCAGUCCGCUUUAUCCCCAUUUCCCUCAUUCAUGAGCUCCACCGAGCCAACUAUAACAGUUAAGGCUUCAAUUUUAGAUGAUGGCAGUGGUGAUACAACAGAGGACUCAACAGAGGGCGAUGAAGCAGAAGAAGAUGGCUCAGGUGUUGACACAACUCCUGCAACAUCAUCACCUUUGGUUUCAAGGUCAGUGGUGACAGAGACAACCAUUAGCCCAACAUCCUUCAGGAUAGCCAGCACUGGAGAUGAAAAUACAAACAAAACGGUUUCACAUAAAACCAUCACACCUGAAAUGCAGAGAUUUUCCUCAAGCACUCCGGUCUUAGCACAGACAGAGUACAAACCAUCUGUUGGUUCUAUAACAGCCUCAGAAUCCACUAGUUUUAUGGCUCCUAACACAUAUAUUACAUCUUCUGAUAUUGUAAGCAGCCUCACUGCAUUGCCUAUAUCAGUGACAUCCCAAGGUCCUGUGUCCGUCCCCACACCAUCAGUCUUCUACAAGGACAUUACUGACCAGCAAGUAACAGUUGUAACUCCAACAAGCACUGUCUUAAUAUUUACAGAAGAUGAAAAAGAUGAAGAUAAACUGUUUUCAACAGUAACAGAGAGUAUGAGAGAUCAUAGCAUAAAACUUGAUGUUAUCACUAAAGAUGACAUAAUCAUUGAUGCAGAUGCUGUGUCUAUUUCUGAGCUGUCUUCACCUUUUGCCCCGACAAUUAUUACAGAAGAAGCCAUCGGAGUUACGGAAAUUGUCAUGACGCCACAACCCUCAAGUAUAAUGACAGAAGAAACAGAUGGUUCCGGAAUAGAGGGCACUGAGUUAAAUCAACUCCAUGUGACAUAUCAAACAGGAGAGAUAUUGGUUAAACAAACAACAUCAGCACCAGACAUCCUGCAGAGCAGUUCAACAUAUGUAGAUGAAGAAGCGCAAGCAACACAAUCUCCUGAGGCUACUAGUGCUUACUUACUCCAAUCUUCACUAGUUGGUAAAAUCUUCACAGAAUCCACAGAAGCUACAAUGGAAAUACUGACUGAAGAUUUAUCUGAAGCCAGUACAUCUACCGUGGAUUAUAGUGUAAAAACGUUAAGUUUAACCCCCAAGCCAUCUCAAGCAGCUACUUUAUCCAUGGAACAUUUUAAGACCACUGCUACUACUUAUACCAAAACAGCAGUGACAGCUGAUUUAACAGUUGGAACUGAGGAACCGCUAGACAGCAAAGGUGUAGAUACCAUUGAACCCUCUACCGAUGAGACGAUUGGGGAGAGUGAAUUAACAAGCACAGAUACAACCUCCACAUCUGGUAUUACAAAUCCAUUAAAUUCAUCCAUAGAUGAUGGCUCGGGUGACUUGUUUACAGAAGGUCUGACUAAUUUAACCCCUUUAACAGCAGCAGAGGAAGAUUUGUCCACUUUAUCAUAUAUUUCAGUGUCAUCAUCUAUAGCUACGGAUGUUGUGAUUCACUUAGCAACAACGCCUUUGCCUAAAACAGUAACAGUAACUGAUAGGGAGCCAUAUGAACAAGCUAUGUCUGAUAUGACAGUUACACAUGAGCCCCAGACAAAUUUCAGUACAGAUGGAGAAAUACCACUGAUCUCAACGAUCAUACCAAAACCCCUUAUAUCUGCAUCAAAGUUUAAUGACAGUACAGAGAUAGCAACAUUUACAGGAUCUCCUAACACUACACAAAUACCAGUGGUGAGAGAUCAACCAACCAACACACCAGAUAGUUUAGAUUACACAACACUUUUCUCUGAAAGAAGGACAGAUGACAUGGAUUAUGGAACAGGAUCAGAACCUUUUAGUGUAGAGUCUAUACCGGAUUUCGUUCAAAAAACUGAAUCAACAACAAAACUAGACACUGAAACUGAGACUAGUUUAGAGAACACACUACCAGAUGUCACGCAUGCUCCAAGUUCUGCUGCGAUAUAUGAAGAAAAAAUUCUGGAAGGUCAAAGAGUUGAAAAUAUAACUACACCUAAACCAGACACAGGUCUCGUGACCACUGCACGACCUGAAUAUGAGGGUUCUGAAAUGACCACUAGCUCUAAAAGCAGCCUGGAGGAGGCUUCAGUUAUCAUGCCGUCAUCGGAAGAGGUUCAGACAGUGAUUAUGUCGACUGCAACAACUUCACCCUUGCAUUGGACAUCUGAGUCUUUAAGUAAGGAAAAUGCCUCUAGGACACAGGAGACAGCUGGUCAGAUUGAGGAUGCUUUAACUCCAACUGCUAAGAUUUCAUUUCUGUCGUCAGAAGAUUCUGAGGUUGAAGGCUCACCAUUUGACAUUCCAGGUGUUCACAGCUGUUCUGAUAAUGUUUGCUUGAAUGGUGGCUCUUGUUUAAAAAUGGGUGGUGCUCAGAUCUGCAGCUGUCCAUCUGGAUACAGUGGGGAACUCUGUGAAAGAGAUUUUGAUGAAUGUCACUCAAAUCCGUGUCGUAAUGGUGGAACAUGUAUUGAUGGCCUGAACUCCUACACCUGUUUAUGUCUACCAAGUUAUACAGGAGCACUGUGUGAGCAAGACACGGAAACAUGCAGCUACGGCUGGCACAAGUUUCAGGGUCACUGCUACAAAUACAUUCCCAAUCGGCGUAACUGGGAAACAGCAGAGCAUGAGUGUCGCAUCCAGGGGGCACAUCUUGCAAGUGUCCUGACCCAUGAGGAGCAGCAGUACAUCAACCGCCUUGGUCAUGAUUACCAGUGGAUUGGUCUGAAUGAUAAGAUGUUUGAGAAUGAUUUCCGGUGGACAGAUGGUAGUGUUGUGCAAUAUGAAAACUGGAGACCAAACCAGCCGGACAGUUUCUUCUCUUCUGGUGAAGACUGUGUGGUAAUGAUCUGGCAUGAGGACGGUCAGUGGAAUGACGUACCCUGCAACUACCACCUCACCUUCACCUGCAAGAAGGGCACAGUAUCUUGCAGUCAGCCACCUGUGGUCCAUAAUGCCCGCACAUUUGGACAGGCACGUCCAAGCUAUGAGAUCAACUCCUUGAUCAGGUACCAGUGCAAAGAUGGUUUUAUCCAGAGACACGUUCCCACAAUUCGCUGCAGAGGAGAUGGUUCAUGGGAUCUCCCCAGAAUUUCCUGCUUAAGUCCAUCCAACUUUCAAAGGAGUUAUGCAAGAAGAUAUCAGACAUACAGCCUUUAUCGCCAUCAAAAGAGAUCUAUAGGAACGUCUGCUGAUAUACACUGACGACACCAUUACUUUGGUGCAAUACAUCAUCGGACACAACAGUAGUUGCAACCACAGUUGGAAACCUUAAUGUUAGGGUCCUCCCAGUAUAUUUUUGAUAGCUUAUGACGGACCUGCUUGCUAGGUGAAAUGAAAAUGAAAAGGAUGACACAACAUUCAGCAUAGAGUGGGAUAUCACUGGAAUAAAACAGUGCCUUUAAAAAUAUUUUUAAGAGUUUUUUAUAGAGAUGAUUUUCAGAAAGCAUAAAGGACACACAUUCAGCUGGCCUCUGAAAAAACAAAAGACUGUUUAAUCUACCUUCCAACUCUUUCUGUUUUUUACUUGGAAGUGCCUUUAUAAUCCAAAAUCCACAUAUAAUUGAAACUGAAUUACUGUACAAUAAUGCAACUGGCAUGUUUUGAUAUCAUAAAAAGCAGUAUAUUUCAAUGCAUUUAAACACUUAAAUGACAAUGACAUGAAAAGCCAUGUAGAUUUUAUAUUAUUUAUUAUCUUAUCUGUUUGAUGUCUCUUUUAAGUGUUUACAAUGAAUAUCCUGUUUCACCAAUUUUUAAAUUUAGUAACAAAAAUUACAGAUUUCCUUGUAUGGUUUUAUACUACUUUGAAGAGAAUGUACUUUGUGAGAUGCUUAAAAAGACUUGAACAAAUGCCUUUUUAACAAGAUGCCUAUAAUUUAUUUCUUAUGCUGCUCUCUGUCUUCUUGUUGCUUUACUCAUGUGCUUAGAAUAUAAUGUAUCUUAGCCAAACUGCACACUGUCAGAAUGAAUUAUGUUAGAACACAAUUUAUGUCACCCACUUUCAUUGAUGUGACUAGUAUAAUUGCUACUUACAUGUGAAAUAUGAACAUUGUGGUGAAAUUUGGGGUGUAUCAGUGGACCAAAGGAAUAUUUACAUUAACAGCUUUGGUUCUGCAGUUUGUUGUGCUUCAUAAAUUAUUAAUAAUGAUCAUCCAUUUGUUUAGGCCCAUGCAUUUGUUCUUUGAAUUUUUUUGUAAGUUGUCUUGUUGUUUCAGUUGUUUUUGUUUUGUUGUGAAACUGCACAUAUCUUUUUAUAUAUUUAUGGUAUACUUGUUUUUUUUUUGUAACAUGUGAUUGUCUAUGAAAUGUGUCACCAUAAAGCAAAGUUUAUUAAAUUUUGAAUUAUUUUUUUCCAGUUUUGAUAAGAAGCAACUUUGGGGAAAAGUUUUACACGAUGCUCCUAGUUAACAAUACUCAUUUGUGGGCUGUAAUUCAUGUUUUGUAUUGAUCAUAUACAAUUUGAUUGAUUUUUUUACUGAUAUAAAAUCUAUAUAAUGUAAAUAAUAUUAUAAAUAAAACACAAAUUCACAGCAAUUAAUUGCAGUGCACCAGCUCCAUUUUUAGUGAAUUUAUGCAAUUCUUCAGCUGUGCCUAAUGUGAACCACCAGGUGGAGGAGUUUUACUAACAAAAGAACUCAAAUGUCUGAAAGAUUUUACCAGACACCAUUGAAUGAUGUUGAGUGCAUCUGUAUUAGCAGAUGCAAUGCUUCUCUCUCAUAAAUAAAUAAUUCUGUUACACUGAUGAACAACGUUAACAAUUCUGACAUCAACUUUUUGACAUAAGAACGAUUUAGUUGUUAACAAAUGCAAACACGUUUCAACCAUCUGGGAAUAUAAAGUUAGUUAUAGCUUCAGCCUUUGCCACAAUUCCAUGGAACGUAAAAAAAGAGGCAACAGCCACCAUUGUUGAAUGUGAAAGUUGAUCAUAAAUCUGGUUAAGGUUUC